AUGUCCCUGGUUGUGGAAUCGCAAUCCAAGCAGCAUAAACCGUCAAGAGACGGCUAUCAAAAGGAGGCAAGAUGGAAUGAUGAGGACGCGUUGUCAAGUUUACAACGAGAGGAAACCUUUCGAGGAGGGUGCAAACGAGACUUGUUACGCCGGCAAAAGAGUUCCUCGUCAUCCAUCAGAGGAGGCUUUCAAAGCAGCUCCUCGUCGACACGAAGUUUGCACGCGGAAGAAAGCAACCAGGCGUUUCUAACCGCUGCAACAUCACCUCGGAGGAGAUGUUUGGGGCAAAAGUUGUCCAAGGAAACCAUGGGAGAUGGGAUCUUUCUGUGUUGUCGUGGAAAGGACAAUGACGACUUGUUGAAAGGAGGGCACCACGACCACAAGAAGAAAAAGAAAUCAAAGCCUCGAUCAUUGUCCCCGAAGAAGCGGGGAGUAUCGCCAUCCAGAGCCAAUCGCCAUUCCAAAAGUAGGCCAGCUGAAGACCUACUGUACUAG